AUGGUGGUACUGAGUCGCGUUGGGUCGCCGACGAUGUCAGCGACUGUUGCCGGCAACCAGCAACAGCAACAUCCGCAUCAAGAAUGGGACAUCAACGACUCGAACGUGCCAAGGGUGGUAGAGUAUGAUCCCUGGUGCGAAUGGGCGGACGGCCAUGUAAGAAGAGUGUACGGGCCAGAUUGCGAGGAAGCGAGAAGACACGCAUCCGGAUGGGCGAUGAGGAACACGAACAAUCACAACGUGAGCAUCUUGAAAAAAUCUUGCCUCGGUGUGCUGGUCUGUUCGCAAGAAUGCAUACUACCUGGCGGCGGAAGGGUUCACCUUCGACCGGCAAUUUGUGACAAGGCAAGGAAAAAGCAACAAGGGAAACCGUGUCCCAAUAGACAAUGCACGGGUCGGUUGGAAAUACUUUCGUGUCGCGGCCAUUGCGGUUACCCUGUAACGCAUUUCUGGCGACAUACCGAGCACGCGAUAUUUUUUCAAGCCAAAGGACAACACGAUCAUCCGCGACCAGAAGCAAAAUCCACGUCCGAGGCGAGACGAAGCGUGGGUGCCGGCAGAAGGGUACGAGGACUGGCGGUCCUUCUCGCAAACGAAGCUGCUUUGGGUUCCAAAUUAAUGUCACUACGUGGAACGAAAAGAUCGAAUUCGGAAGCAAUCGAGCAACCGCCAAGAACGACGCAGCCACCGCCACUGAUACCGGAUAAAGGAUACUCGUGUUCCUGCCCACCAUUCGAAUGCAUGUGCGGCCUACAGAACAACGUCUCGGCUUAUCAACAGUCUCAUCAUCAAACAACCAUGUAUCCCCAACAAACGGCCUCGAACGACACCCCCUACUGGCUCCAAGACACCGUCCCAACCCAAGAGACCGCGCUGGGCUACAAUCUCCCCAAUCAAGUGUCUCAAGAGGCCUCCUACCCCGAUUUUCCCCCGUUCACCGGAGAAUUGCUCCAACCGGAAGAGAUCUUCCAGCUGGAUCAACCCCUGAGACCCGAAUUCUCCAUGAAUUCUCAAGAAGUGGCCAGAUCACCGCCCACCUUGCUCGAUCUUGGAAGCGGUACCAUAAAGUACGAGAUGAAACAGCACCAGGACCAAGCUUACUGGAACCAAUUUCUCAGCGAGGACUCGAGCAGCAGUCACUUGAGCAUACCCCAAGACGAGAGGCUACAAUUUCCCAAUUUCGAGACGGAGAAAGACCCUGCGAACGGGUUUUGCGCCAAGAGACCGGUGAAUCAAUUCGUCCCUGAAAAAGAGGGGAAUCAGAAUAAUAAUAAUAAUAAUAAUAAUAAUAAUCAUCAUCAUCAUCAUCAUCAUCAUCAUCAUCAUCAUCAUCAUCACCAGUUGAACAAUCCUUUAAACUUCCAAGAUUAUCAACGUCACCCGAAGAAUUUCGUGGAGGAUGGUGGGGUGAAGAGCGCGGAUCAAGAAACGAACUAUUGGACCCAAAAUCACCAGGACGAUCGCCUGAACUUCCCCGACUUCGAUCCUCGCAAGGAGGAGGAGCUGUUGCCCUCGAGACGUGACGUGAACUGUUUUCCAAAAGAGAACUGCCAGCCAGGAUUGAUGGACAGACCGAGUUACAACGUCUACCCGAAAAAGGAGAACGGGAUUACGGUCGACUCGUCACGCCCCAGUCGCAGCCCUAUGGAGAAUAAACAUUAUUCGUUCAACGACGGUUACAGCCAUCAGAUGUUCGAGCAAUCGGAUAACGCGAAGAAUCACCAAUUGGCCAAUCGAAUACCUGAUCAGAACACGAAUCGAAUGGUCCUCGACGAGAGGUUGCAGAAUAAUUACGGUGGCCGCGAAACGAAUCCCGACACGAGCGAAAGAUUGUUCCCCGAUCCGAGCGGGAUGGACGCCUCUAUACCCGCCCAAAACAGCCCCGAACCCUUCUUCUACCCCAGCAACGAUCGUUGCCAUUACACUUGCGAGGUGGUGGACACGCGGCUACCCCAGAUGGCCAUCGCGAACGCGGCAGGGACCCAGGCCAACGGGAUGAACAAUUACGGGGACGUGACCGAUCUGGAUCUUCCACCGUUCGUCGACUACACCCUCGUCGGGAUGCUGUGCUCCACCGAGGAGGACACGUCGAGCUUGCUACCUAGUUGCCCCCAAAAUUCGCACAGCUACGUCCCCCAUCAUUAG